AUGAUAUAGUAAAAGUCAAUUUUGAUUGUUGGAAGAAAAAAUGGUUAGGUUUAAAUGUAUGAUGUAUCUGGAUAAUUAAUUGUUGAAUAUAACACAACUCCAUUUUAGAUCUUUUAAAUAUUUGCUGAUUUUGAAAACAAUAUAAUUAUCUCGGUAGAUAAUAGCAAUACCCCUAGAUUUCACUUGUAUCCCCCAAACAAAAUUAUUUAAGAAACUGAACUCUAAAAUUCAGUUAUUAGCUAAAUGAUUGUCUUGGAUUAAAAGCAGAUGAUUUUCUUGUUAGUAUAAAAUAAAACUUAAAAUAUACCAAUUUAACAGUAAUAAUAUCUUUUAAUUUUAAAUGAAAACGAUAUAAGCUAAGUUUAUUUGCAAGGAUAUUGUUUAAACUCUUAUACAAUUAAUUUAGUCUUAAAUAAUUAUUUGAAUUAGGUAGUUUUAGUUUGCUCAGAUUCCUCUUUAAGAGUUUUUGAUUUAAAUACUUUUACUUUCUCAAAUGAAAUUGCUCCUAUAUUUCCUUCUUACACAUUCAGAGAUCAAAAACUUUUAAAUUAAACUAUUUUCUCUUUCUCUUUUGGUAAUCCUAGCACUAUAUAGUUAAUAAGUUGCUUAGAUUGGAAUACAAGUUGGACUAUUUUAAUACCUAAUUUCUAUUCUUAUUAGUUUAUUUUAAAUCAAAACCAUAAUGUGAUUAUAAUAACUGAUGGAAUGUCUUAAUUACUUAAAUAUGAUCUUAUUUUGAAAAAUAUAACAAAAUAAAAUACAUUGCCUAGUGGAAAUAUAUAAGAUUUUAAAAUAAGUUAGGCAAGUGCUGAUUAUUUUAUGUUAUAUCAAAUGAAUAAUGUUGUAGCUUUGCACUUGAUAGAUAAUUUAAGUUUGUAUUCCUCGUUGAUCCCUAUUAACUUUAUUUAUAUUUAUUAAAUUUAUGAAUUAAACUAGGUGGUAUUACUUUUAACUACAGGAGAUAUUCUUUUUUAUAAAUUUCCGUAAUUAAAUCUAGUGUAUUCGAUUAAAGGAAUUAGCAAAGGAGAUUAAUUUUUGUUUUUUAAUAGGAGAAGCCCUUAUUUAAUAUCAAGCUUUAAAGGCAUUAAUGUUAUCGAUUUAACAUCAAAGGCUAUAGUCAGCUAAAAAAUUUUUAAUCAGGAUAUCAUAUUUUUGGAUGUAUUUUUUGAACUUAGCUUUAUACAAGUAUAAUUUGAUUAGUAUUCUGUUGAUAUCUUAGAUUUGUAUAGCCUUAACACAAUUUAAGUUAUUAAACUGUAUUCACCCAUAAUCGUUUUUAAAAUAUUUAAAUCCAAUGAAAAGGCAUAUUUUUGUUUAUAAAAUGGAUAACUACAAAUAAUUGAUAUGAAUUAAAUCCUAAUAACAAGAUAAUUAUAAUAAAAUGAUAGUUUGAUUCCUUACUACCAUAAACUACCAACUGCUGUUUUAAGACAGCAAAAUGAAGAUAGUACCUUAGGUUAAAAUUAGUUUUUUUAUUAUAAUUAUUUGAACUACAAGCUUAAUAGUUUCAGACCUAUUUAUCAGUUAUAAGAUAAUUUAAGUGAUUUAAUAAAAAACGGGGGAUAAAUUAACAUGCAUAUAGUAGGAAACAAUCUUUACAUUUUGGUUGAGUCAACAUUGCUUGUAUAUUUAAACGUUCAGGUUGACCGAAUCGACUCUUCUGGUAAUUUAAAUGAAAAUCUCUUUAAAUAAAAAAUUAUAAUACAUCUAUAAAAUUGUUGUUAGAUGUUAUACUAUCCGAUGUUUGAAUAGUCUAUAAUAUAUUUAUCUAAUAAGUAUGAAUUGAUUAGAGUAAAUCUGACAGAUAGCUCUUCACAAAUUUUAUAUAAAAACUAAUUAGAUUUUUUGGAUGUUUUAUUCUACGAGUCAAAAACUAUUUCAGAUAUAAAUGGAUACUUUUGGAUGGUUAUUUUAGAAAGUUAAAAAUUGAUUGUUUUUGACUUAAAAAACAAUUCUUAAUAGUAAAUAUUGCAAUUACUAAGCUAGGCAGAUCUCUCUUACAUCAAAAUUAGCUAUAAUUAUGAAUAGUUUAAAUAAAGCUAAGAUACAUCCUAAUUCAUUUUUAUGAAGCUUACUAAAUACUCUUAAUUUUCUUAUCCUUCCUAAACUGAGUUUCCACUAGGAACUACAUGUAUCUACUAAAGUGAUGGAACAAUAUUUGUAGUAGACUUAAGUGUUUUUUUAAAAUAAGGAAUUCCAAUAAGCAGUGACCCAUAGAAAUUUUAUUUGUAAUACAAUGAUUAAAGUAUAGCAACAUUUUAGUCAGUUUUAUAAAUUGUUAUCAUUGAUAAAUUAUAUAUUAUCGCUGUUUUACAACCUGGAAAAAUUGAAAUAUUCUAAACUCUCUUUUAUCUGUCACUUUAAAGUAUUAUUCCUCCAAGCUAUAAUGACUAUAAAAUAAGUAUUGGUCUUUAUACUUUUGUUGUAUUCAAUAAAGUUUAGUUUUUAUUGAUUUACUUAAGAGAUUUUACUAUGAUGAAUUUCUUCUCUCCAACUUUACAACAAAUUGAUGAAAUUUAUAUUCUUUAAGAAAAUCUGUUUUUAAUAGAGUUGCACAAUUAAUUAUAAAUUUUUUCUAUUGACAAUAAUUUUAUUUAGAUGAUGAAGUUAGAAGUAGCAUUUUAGAUUUAUUAAGAUUGGAAUUAAACAAUUAUAACAAAUCCUAUCAACACUUUGUACUAAAUUAUAGGUACUUUUGCAUAGGUAAACUCAAUCUAGUAGCAACCAAAUUAAAACGAACUAUCAAGUGUUUAAAUAAAUUUGAUAGCAAGCUCAUUAGAAAACUACUACGAAGGAACACUAACUAUUUUAUUCGCAAACUAGAUAGAAGAUAACUCUCAUUUAUCAGAUGGUUAUAUUUAAAAUGUUUGCAAAUUUACUAUUAAAUAAUCCAAUUAAGUUUCUGAUAAUAAAUACAUAGUAUCACUUAUAUCAUAACUAUAAAUUGAAAAUAGAAAUUAAGGUUGGACUUCUUAAAGGAUUGUUUAUGAAUUCUAAACAUUAGAUACUUUUUCAUUUAUAAUUGACUAGUAGAAUGUAUACACUGUUGUUUUGAUUCGAAACACUAAUACUUCUGAAAUAGAAAACUACUACUUUACCCCUUAAGAAAGAAUAAAUAUUUAUGUGACUUAGUCAUAUUCAUUUGAGACUCCAGUUAUGGCGAAGCUAUUUAUCCAGCAUGUAUUUUUCAUUUUUACACCAAAUUCUGGGUUCAUCGUUGAUUCUUAAGAUAACUGGCUCAAUGAGCUUAUAAUAAGUGAUGGACUUGUACAAUAGGAAUUAGAUUAAGUCUCUAUUUUGGUAUCAAAUGUGAACAAUGUCGCAUUCGAUUAGAUUGUAUUAGAUGGGCUUUACAAGUAUAAAAUUUAAAUGAGUGGGGAAUUAACUGAAUAUGAUGGUUAGGAUCUAACAAAUCAUGAUCAUUUUUUGAUUGGUAUGUAUAACAUUUAAAAUGUAGUUUUUAACAAUAUCAUGAUUAUGAAUUAUAAAUAAAUAAGCACUAAAAACCCUCUUUUGGUUUUUAUAAAAUGCUAAAACGUAACCAUUAAUGGUUUUACUUUUAUUAAUAAUAUAAUUUAUGACUUAAGCAGUAUAAUUUCGUUUAUUGAUGUUGGCGAGGUAUCUUUACAGAAUAUUGUAAUAUAAAAUAAUACAGUAGCAAACAUCACUUAGAAUAAUAACACUGCAAAUUAUUUAUCUCCUAUUGCUCUUUAAUUUAAUGCAACACAAACAGUAAAGAUCUAUUAAGUCUUAUUUAUUAUGAAUUCUUAGUUGUAGUUUAUAGAAAUGAGUAACGCUUUCAGUGUGCUAGGAAAUGAUAGUAUUUAUGAUAACUUAACUUUAAACUUUACAAAUGGAGUAUUUAUUAGUAACAAAAUCACAAAAGGAAUAAUUCAAAUUUUGUAAAUUACCCAAGUCUAUUUUGAUAAUUUAAACUUUUAAGCAAACACAGCCUUGCAAAACAUACAAUUGAUCAAAUAAAUCAAAAUAAAAAAUUAUAACAGUUUGGAUUAUAUUUUAUAAGAUUACAAAUAGUUUCUCAUUUUAGUAUCUGAUUCAAAGGAACUCUCAAUGAAUAAAUGCGAUUUUCAGAAAAAUCAUAUAUUAGGUUCAAUGAUUUAUAUCUUUUCUUCUCAAUAUAUUAUUAACAAUCUGAUUUGCAAUUUAAAUAUAAAUUAAAUCUCUAGCGGAGGUUGUUUAUAUAGUUAUCUUUAUAAUAACUAACAAAUAUAAGAAACAAAUACAAUUAUGAAUUCAAACAUAACAUCAAACCUUGUAAGAUAAGGAGAAGGUGGGGCGAUCUAUCUUCACACAUCUAAUUUAAAACUUAUAAACACAAUUAUUAAAAAUAAUACUUCACUUGUAGGAGGAGGAAUUAAAUAUAUUAAUAUAGUUCCAGAUUUUAUUUAUGAUUAAACAGUUUUCAUAGGAGGUAAAUAACUUGUUUCACAUGAGCAAAAUAAUUAAACAUCUAAGUAAAAUUUAAGCUAUAUUUAAAACAAUACUGCAAAUUUAUAUGGUGCUAAUAUUGGAUCGGUAAUUCAUAGUAUCAUAGUAUAGUAUGACAACAAGGAGUUGGCAAAUUUUUAAAGUGGUGCCUAUCUCAAAUAAAAUUUAACUAUAUUUUUACUAGAUGAAGAAGGAAAUUAGCUAAAGAUAUCUUAAAAAGUGUUAGAGCAGUUGACUAAAUAUCAAGAGAUAUCUUUUACUAUUUAAAUAGUCGACUAUAAUAGUAUAAUUUAGCAAUAAAAAGGUACAUAACAACAACAAAAUGAAUAUGCUCCAUUACUUAUAAAUGGUAAAUCAAUUAAAGAUCUAGAUCAGUUUAACACAACUCUAUAAGGAUUCUAAUUUAAUGUCUCUUUUUCAGGAUAUCCUCUCAAAUAAUCUAUGUUUGUGGUGUAGACAUCUUAGACUGUUGUAUUAGAUCUUAGGCAAAAAUAAUUUAGCAUAGGAUAAAUAUAAAAGUCUAUCAAAAUAAAUUUUAGAGAUUGCUAAAUUGGAGAAGUUCCCUUUCAGCCUACUGCUAGCAGUUAUUACAUGGAAUGUUUGUAGUGCUAAUUAGGGAUGUAUAGUAUAUAGAAAUAUCAAAUGACAGACAAUAAAUAGCACUCUUGUCUUUUAUGCCCUUAGACAGCUGAAUAUUGUGAAAAAGAUUAUUUAAAAUUGUUGAAUGGCUAUUGGAGGGAAAGUUACUAUUCAGAUGAUAUUUAUUAUUGUGAAAAGGCUCCAAAUCACUGUAUUAAUAAUUAAACUUUACCUGGUCCUGAAUCUAAAAACUAUGUAAAUUACUGUCUUCCUGGCUACAUAGGUCCGCUGUGCAUGAGCUGCGAUGAGUUUGGAAAAGUAUGGUAAACUAAAUUCUAUAAAAUCUCAAAAACAGAGUGUAUUUCCGAAGAUAUGCAUUUAGUUGUUUUAAUAAAAGGAAUAUUGUAUAGCAUAGCUCUUUCUAUUUUGAUAGGACUUUUUGCAUAUUUUUCUAUGAGAAGAAUUAGCUGCUACAGGAUUAAACAUAUUUUGAAAGUGACAGGUAUCAUGAUGCUUAACAAAUCUGUGGUAGACUACUAGAGCAUUUUUUAUAUUAAACAAGGAUUUGUCUAUUAUGUAUUGCACUUUCGCAUCCAUCAAAUUAGUCUCACUAAUAUCUCUGAAUACGAUUAAUUAAAUUCUAUGUUGGUUAAUUCUGCUUAAAUCCCUAUUUUCUACUUCUACGAAUACCCUACUAGAUCAACAAUUAUACCAAUUAUUUAUCAAAAAAUAAUAAGAGCCUUUAUUUAUCCUUUACUACCUAUAGCGAUUAUUUAUGUAUUUUAUGAAAUUCUAAUCAAACUGAAGUAUGCCGAAAGAAAAAAGUAUUUCUAUAUAAAUGUAGUACUAAUAUAUUUUAUGAUGUAUCAUUCAAGCUUUUUAGAAGUAAUUUUGAUGCCUCUUUAGUGCUAACUGAUUGGAAAUACUUACAGGAUAUCUUUCGAUACUUAAUUUGAAUGCUAUUCUCCAAAUCAUAUUCAGUAUUUCCUCUUUUUAAUUUUUCCUAUUUGUUUACUCACAACACUGUCAGUAGUAUUAAUUGGAUUUAAACUUUAUUAAAUACGAAAGAAAUUACAUCUUAUCUGUAAUUAAAACUAUAUGGGUAUUAUAUACGUAGAAUUUAAAGAUAAUUAUUAUUAUUGGACAAUGUUGUAAACGGCUUUCAGUUUAGCUUUUUGCUUCACUUUUAAUAUUAUUGAAGGGAAUUUCUUUUUCAAAGGCCUGAUUUUUACUCUUUUUAAUCUUCUCUAUUUAUAUUUGCUAAUGAAGCACAUGCCUUUCAAGAAUAAAAAGCUUUAAAAGUUAUGCAUUUAGAGUAAUUUAACUAUUCUUAUCUAGUUCUUCAUAUAAAUACUUAUCUUAAAUAUAACUGAUACAAUAAGCUAAAUAAAUGAAUACUCUGAUAAUGGAUUAUUUUAAGCUAGCUAUUCUUAGGAAUAUUUCUUAAUUUUAGUGAGCUAAUUUAGUCAUAUUCUAUUCUGCCUUAAAAUACUGUUUCUAAUUAUUAUUGAAAUCUCUUUAACAAAAACAUAUAUUGGAAGAAUUUUUUAUUUAAUUUUUAAAAAAAUAAAAAUCAUUAUUCCCCAAGAAUUUAAAAGUUAUUAUCAAUCUCAGAUUAACACACAAAGAGUUUAAUAUAACUGGAGGAAAGUGAAAAAGAAUUUAUUUGGUAGCAAGUUAGAUUUGAUUUAAUUACAGAAUAAUCUGAAUAAUCUUCAAACUAAUCAAAACUUAAUUAGCUAAAGUGCUCAUAAGAUGUCAAUCUCGAAUAAAAAGAGAAACACUACGUUAUUAGAUGGACAACCUUCUUUUUAUCUAAAUCCUUAAUAAACCUUUGAGUUAACUUCAAAUGACUAAUAAGAAAUAUUUUCUUACAAUAAUCAUUCAUUUUAAACAAACUAAAAAUUGCAUCAAGGAGAUAAUUUUUCCAUUACUAACUUAGAUAUUAUCAAAGAAUAUAAAAAGAAAAUGUCUUAAAUAAGAUUAAAAUCGAUUACACCUUCUCCUUUAAAGAGAGAGAGUAGAUAAUCUAAUUCAGGUCUUUUUAAUUUUCACUAGUGCUCUGAUGACUAGUUAUAAUCGAAAGAUUAAAUGUCAAAUUAAAAAAGUAAAUCAAACUCAAACAAUAAUUUUAUGAUAUCUAAAAAAAGUAACAAUCUUUUAUCAAGUAAAAACAUAAUAAAAAUAAAUAAAGUAUCUUCCGAAAUUCAAAAAUCUGAUGAAAUAUUAUAACUAGAUAACACUGUAUUUGAAAAAAAAUAAAAUGCCUUAAAUAAAAUUAAUGAUUUCGAUUUCUAACAAGACAGUAUAAAAGAAACUUCAUAAUUAGAUGGUAAUGAAAUGGAAAUAUCUCAAUAAUCAAAUGCUUUUGGUGAUUUAAAUAACGAAGUAGAAUAGAAAUCAAAAGAUAUUACAAUUGAAGGUAUUAAUAGAACUUUGGAUAUCAAAAUUGGACAAAAAUAAUUUAAAUCAAACUGA